AUGGUUUCGCAGCCUCCUUCAUCAGACCCAAGAAUCAACCAGCUACGCACGAAAAUCGAGUCGGAGCGCCGCAACCUCGAGGGUGCGAAGGCUGUGAUGCGUGCGGUCGAGGCGUCGAGUGGGAAUGAAAUGGUCAUCCAGCAGGCGCAAAACGAGGUCCGAACCGCUCAGGCGUCGAUCCGUUUCCUGGAGGAUGAGCUGGCGAGGCUGCAGUUGGCUGCGAACGCUGGCCCGAGCAGCAGCUCCUCCGCUAACAACGGCCAACCUUCCCACGGAUCUGCUUCGUCGCAGUUGGCACGUCCGCAGGUCCCCGGUUCCGGUCCUACGCAGCCUCUCAACUCCAACCGCGAGCUCCCUCCUACCCCGAGCGCCAACACAAACUCGAGCAAGCCUCACACGCAGCUCGACCUUCUGAGGUACGAUGCGCCGCUCACGGGAUACAAGAUCACGCACAUGCUCAACCAGCUCGAGGCCAAGCUUCAGCUCGAGAACCAGUACAAGACGGGUAUCGAGAAGAUGGCUAAUGCGUACCGGAUGGAAGGCGACCGACGACUUCGUACUGAGACGGAUUUGAAGCGCGCCGAAUCUGAGGGCAAGAUCCAGCUUUUGAAGAAAGCAAAGGGACGGUAUGAGCGACUUGCCGAGUUCGGAGCUGUCGAUGAGGUCGACGAGGACCUUGUUCCAGACUUCAAACGCAAGGAAGCGCUGCGCAAGCCGAUCUCGGGAAGGCUGCAGAUCACGCUCAAGUCAGCGCGUGACUUGAACCACCGCACCCUCUCUCGGCGGUCCUCGCGGGCUGUCGAGACGACUGUUGUCGUCAAAGUUGAGGGCACGAUGGCCUGGCGGUCCAUGAUGUCGCGUAACGACCGAUGGUUCGAAAAUAUCGAGAUUCCCGUCACCAAGGCCAACGAGGUCGAGAUUACCAUCUACGAUAACAUCGGCGGUGACGACACAACACCGAUCGGUAUGCUCUGGCUGCGCGUGUCUGACCUCAUGGAGGCCCUUCGUCGGCAGAAGGUGGCGCGCGAGGAGGCUUCGAACACGGACUGGGUCACGGCCGACAAGGCCGCCACGAUCGGUGGACGGCCAGGUGCGGCCCCCGAGUCGGCCACUCUGCACCAGAACAACCCCCGUCCGUUUGGUGGCGCGGGUCCUACCGACCCCGGAGGUGAUGGAAUCGACGGAUGGUGGGCUGUGGAGCCUGCCGGUGCUCUCAACAUGCGCCUGGACUUCAUCAAGGACAAUGCCGGUGCCGGUCGUCGCCCGUACGAAGCUCUCGGUCGUCAGGGUGCCGUCAAGAAGCGCAAGGGUGACGUGCAUGAGAUGAACGGACACAAGUUCGUUCAGCGCCAGUUCUACCAGCCCAUAAUGUGUGCUCUGUGUCGUGAACUGCUUCUCACCGGAGAAGGUUACCAGUGCGAGGACUGUCGGUAUGCCUGUCACAAGCGGUGCUACCCCAAGGUCGUCACCAAAUGUAUCUCCAAACCCGCUACCGACGGGGAGGGAGACGAGGAGAAGAUCAACCACCGUAUCCCGCACCGUUUCCAGCCCUACACCAACAUUACUGCCAACUGGUGUUCGCACUGUGGUUACAUGCUGCCGUUUGGCCGCAAGAAUGCCUACAAGUGUUCCGAGUGUGGUCUCACUUGUCACCAGUCGUGUGCCCACCUCAUUCCCGACUUCUGUGGUAUGACCAUGGAGAUGGCCAACACGCUGCUGAAGAAUCUGCGCGAGAUUGGCGACAGGAGCAAGGUCAAGCCUGCCCGCCCGGGCCACUCUCACUCCUCGUCCACCUCGUACUCGCCGGCGCCGGUCAUUGUUCAGCCUCCGAAGGCGGAGGCGCCCUACACACCUUCGGCUCCGGCCAAGCCCGAGCUCCCCGGCAAGCAGCUUCCUGCCCCGCCAACUCAGCAGCAGCAGCAGCUCCGUCCCCAGCCUCCGACAACGUCGUCCCGCCCUAGCAUGGAGGGCCGACCGAGCUAUGAGACCCGCCCCAGCUACGACCAGCGUCCCAGCUUCGACGGCCGCCCUGACAUUCCCAAUGUUACUACGGGACCGCACGGCACCCCGCAGAAGGCUGUGGGACAGGCUACCGCUCAGCUGCCGGCUAUCUACCAGCCCCCGGCGCCGGCUCCUCCCAAGCAGCCCAGUGGCUACCGCCCUCCUGCACCCGCCCCGCUCGGCGUGUCUCAACCUCCCCUUACCGCUCCCCAGGUCGCGUACAACAAGCCUGUUGCUCCCCCUGUCCAGCAGCAGCAGCAGCAGCAGCAGCACGUUGCCCCGCGUAAGAAGCGCAUCGGUCUCGACGACUUCAACUUCCUCGCAGUCCUGGGUAAGGGCAACUUCGGAAAGGUCAUGCUCGCCGAGGAGCGUCAGACUACAAACCUCUACGCCAUCAAGGUGCUCAAGAAGGAGUUCAUCAUUGAGAACGACGAAGUCGAGAGCACGCAGUCCGAGAAGCGCGUGUUCCUCGCUGCUGCGGAGGAGCGUCACCCCUUCCUGCUCGGCCUGCACUCGUGUUUCCAGACGGAGACACGUGUCUACUUCGUCAUGGAGUACGUUUCCGGCGGUGACCUGAUGCUCCACAUCCAGCGUCGCCAGUUCACCCUCCGUCAGGCCAAGUUCUACGCCUGUGAGGUCCUUCUCGCUCUCGAGUACUUCCACUCCAAGGGCAUCAUCUACCGUGACCUGAAGCUCGACAACAUCCUUCUCACCCUCGACGGCCACGUCAAGGUUGCGGACUACGGUCUGUGCAAGGAAGGCAUGCACUACGGCCAGACGACUAGCACGUUCUGUGGAACGCCGGAGUUCAUGGCUCCCGAGAUUCUCCAGGAGCAGCCUUACGGCCGCGCCGUCGACUGGUGGGCCUUUGGUGUGCUCACCUACGAGAUGCUUCUCGGUCAGUCUCCCUUCCGUGGAGAGGACGAGGACGAAAUCUUCGACGCCAUUAUCGAGGACGAGCCCCUCUACCCCAUCACCAUGCCCCGCGAGGCGGUCAGCCUGCUCCAGAAGCUGCUCACUCGUGACCCCCAGCGUCGUCUCGGUGCUGGACCUGAUGGCGCCUUGGAGAUCAAGCGUCACCAGUUCUUCGCCGACGUCAACUUUGACGACGUUUACAACAAGCGCAUCCCCCCGCCCUACUUCCCCACCAUCGGCAACGCCACCGACACCUCGAACUUCGACAAGGAGUUCACUCGCGAGCAGCCUACGCUCACCCCUGUUCAUACUCAACUGACGGCGCAAGAUCAGGCCGAGUUCGCCGGAUUCUCCUGGCGCACACGCUCAGAACGCCCUCAACCUCCUAGGCGAGGGGGAAGCACGAUGGCGGAGAACAUUCUCGGCCUACUUCUCGUGGCCAACUCGUCGAAGGAGCGGUACAUCUUUCGAUACCCACCAGACGCGACAUCACCGCUAGACCGUCUCUCGAACCCAAUCUACGCGAAGGAGACCAUCACGGCGAAGGAUCCUGUUCCGGACGGACGACCACAGUUCUUCGGACAUCAUCGGCGUAUCCGCAGUGGCUCGCGCACCUUCAAGGGGCCGACGGUAUGGUCGUCGAACGCGAGCGGAACGAGUCGGCGCGAGGAUGGGCGGCCGCGAACGAUCGGCGACGACAGCGACACGGGCUCGGCGCUGCUGAGCUUGGGCGGCUCAAUACACAGCUGGACCAACGAGAUAGGCUCGGACCGCUCCUCUUCCAGCAGCAGCACGGGGAGCGACUCUGACUCUGAUGGGUUAUUCGACGUCGGGCCGAUGCGGCGGAGCAUCAGAUCCCUCUCGAGCGGGACAGACAGCAGCGGCAAGCCCGGCAGCGCGACUCCGGGACCACACCCCGUGCACCCGAAACCGUUCACCGAGAUUGUGGAGAGCGACAAGACGUUUAGGAGACACUCGACAAUCGACUCGGACGUCACGGCCAAGGAGCGGCGGCAUCAGAAGCGGCUCACGCCCGCCGAGGUCGAGGCGCAGUACAACACGACGCUCGGAUACAGUCUCGACUUUCUCGCGGACCUGCUCUCUCCGCCGCGCUCGUCGUGCCACAAGAAGUUUGAGGUCACUGUCGACGAGAUCUGCUUCAUCGGGCAUCCGGUGUGCUGCGGGCCGGACGGCAAGUGGUCCUUCCCCUCUGACGACGACAGCGAGGAGGAAGGCGUGCCCCGUGCUCGAGGAAGGCGGAUGAACGACAGCAGCACGAAACCGACGCCGCAAGAGUCUCUGACGAACAUUGCCGAGGAGCCGCGGCGGGCGCGGAGUAGCGCAACCCUCACGGACCAGAUGGAGGUGCUCGCGACGCCUGGCAGCUCGGCGACAGCUUCGCCGUCAACCCCACCGUCGCGGCGCGACACGAUGGUCGUGCCGAAGAAGGACAACAAGGAGGAGGAGGACAUUCCGCAGCUGCAAAUGUUCCAUCUCGUGCUGAUUGUCGACAAGCCCGACCCACGUCCGGGACAGGACACGGAGCAGAUGCUCGAGCAGAUUUACCGCGAGAUUGCGUUCAAGUGGAGCGCGGCCGCGUUUGCGAUGCAAGUACGCGAGAACUGGGUCGCGCGGCAGGCGAGGGAUCUCUCGCGUAUCCGCACACCGGUCGACGACUGCCUCAGGGAGUGCAUCGAAAAGACGGAAAUGGCCAAGUCGCUGCACGAGGUGUACGGCGCAAUCCACCACAUGCGCACCAAGCCGAUCAACACGCUCUUCCAGUCUUUGCCCGUCACUGCCACGGUGAAUGUGGGGAGUAUCCCGAUCUCGAUCGUCUUCCCGCCUAGGAAGAAGGAUGACGACGACGCCGAGUCGAGCGAGUCCUCCGACAGCGACGACGAGUGGCAUGGUCUUGUCGUCGGACCGAGUGGCGAGCUCGUUCGCAAACUCCCAGAACAAGAGGUGCAUCCCUGGCAGACGCUGCUUAUUCUCGAGGAUGACGAGGCGCAGACACACCGCAAGGAGCAGCCUGUGCGCCGUGACUCCCGCUCCGAACGAGAGCAGGACGAACUCGUUCGCUCCCUCAUCCGCGCCUGCGACAUUUCCAAGCCCGCAUCUACUGCGGUACGACCUCGAGGGCAUCGUCUUCCCGCUCGUGAAAGAGCUAGUGCAGAACCGCCGCGCGAUCCUCGUCGACGUCGUGAAUGUGCGCUUGCGCACAAUCCUGGCCCCGACAAGCGUCAGCGAGCACGUCCGCAGUCUGAACCAGCACAGUAUCCGGUUCCAAUUCGCGUUCCCGACACUCCCGCCCCUCCUCCAAUUUAUAAGCAUGAUCUCCGUCGAGCCCGUGCCCUUCCGCGACCUCUUGCCGGCCGAGGCGCAAGCCGACGUGGUCAAGCGCGACCCGUACCUCCGCGCCAUAACCUGGCUGCUGAAGAACGACCUCGUGCGCCAGCUGCACGUGUACGCGCGCGUGAUAGCGAGCAGCGCAGUGAAGGAGGCGGCGUGGCGCAAACUGUGGCAGCGGCGGAGAGCCAGAUGGCUCCGCGCCCAGCGGGCGAGGAAGGCGAGCCACGGCUCGACUUCACGCUGGCGUCGGACAUGACGAGCCCGAAGGGCGACUUGGGGCUGGGCACGCCGCGCGCAGAGCCCGGCAACCCCCUCGGGACGGGGUAUGCGAACCGCGUGCCCCGCUCCCCGCUCGUGCUGAGGGGCAAGGGGCUGGCGCAGACCGCUGUCGUGGUGGAAGAGGACGAGGCGGACGACCUCGCGGCAGAGUACUCCUCCGAGCUGGAGAUGGACUCUGAUCUCGACGGCGACCACGGGCACGGGCACGGACACGAGGACGAUGAGCUGGGCGACGAGGAUUUCGAAAACCUGCAACAACCCAAAAAGUCUUCUAUUCCCAAGUUUGGCAGCAGCUUCAUCCUCAAACCGGCAAAGGCGCAGAAGGACGAACAGCGCUGGCUGCGCGUCAUUCGCGAGACUGUGCCUGAUCCCAUUGCCCAGAGCCGCUUCGACCUGUGCGUGCAGUACUUUGACGGCGUGACUAGCUUUGAGGAGAUCAUGUACCGCACCUCGCUCAGUCGGAGGGAGGUUGACCGCAUCGCGCUCAUAUUCAAGGACCACGUGAGUUGUCUAGACGCUUUUGGAGAGAACUGA